AAAGAAUUUGCUUUCUGUUUUCACAAUUUUUUUUUUUACUUUUCACGAUUUUUAAGAAAUUUGUACUGUAAGAGAAAUAACUAUAUGUUUGAAGCACCAUCGGAUUUUUGGUUUAAUUAGGAUUGUGAAAUACUUUUAUCGAAGAUGGCUGACUUCAUAGAUUCUGAAGCAGAAGAAUCUGAGGAGGAAGAAGAGCUUGAUGUUCGGGAUAAAAAAAGGGGUAAAACAAACAAAGCCGUAGCAGAUAGCAGUGAGGAAGAUGAAGAAGAUGACGAAGAGCGUAUUCGAGAAGAACUUAAAGAUUUGAUUGAUGAUAAUCCGAUUGAGGAAGGAUCGGAUGGAGAAGAUUCCGACGCAUCAAAUGCUUCCAAAAAACGUAAAAAACAUGAAGAUGACGAUUUAGAUGACCGGUUGGAAGACGAUGAUUAUGAUUUAAUUGAAGAAAAUCUGGGUGUCAAGGUUGAGCGACGGAAACGUUUCAAACGUUUACGCAGAAUUCAGGAAGAAGAAAGUGAUGGAGAAGAUGAUCACGUCGAUGAAGGUUUGGCUAGAGAGGCCAUUGCUGAACAAUUGUUUGAUGAUGAUGAGAAUGUUGAAAGGCAAUCGGAAAAAAGCCAGAGAGAGCAGCCCGAACAUUUUGAAGAAGACGAGGAGGAAUCAGAUUCAGAUGCCGAUGACUUUAUUGUCGAUGACGAAGGACGGCCCAUAGCUGAAAAGAAGAAAAAACGAAGACCAAUAUUUACCGAUGCGUCGCUUCAAGAGGGUCAAGAUAUUUUCGGUGUAGAUUUUGAUUAUGACGAUUUUUCAAAAUAUGAGGAGGAUGAAUAUGAGGACGAUUCGGAGGGAGAAGAAUACGAUGAAGAGGGGGGAGAGGAUGAUCGUGGGAGAGUAAAAAAGAAAUCAGCAAAAAAAGUACCCAAGAAGACCAUAUUCGAUUUGUACGAGCCAAGUGAGCUAAAGAGAGGUCAUUUCACCGAUCUCGACAAUGAGAUUAGGAAAACUGACAUUCCCGAACGCAUGCAGCUGCGGCAAAUUCCAGUUGUUGCUGUUCCCGAAGGUUCCUCUGAGUUGGAUAAUGAAGCUGAAUGGAUAUAUCAGCAAGCCUUCUGCAAACCUCCUGUUUCGCAACAUGACAAUAUGGACAGCAGUAGAGAGAAUAGUAGAAAACCCCCCAGCGCUGUGGGCAAAAUAAAACAAGCCCUCGAAUUUAUAAGAAAUCAACAGCUUGAGGUUCCUUUCAUAUCGUUCUACCGCAAGGAGUAUGUCAAGCCGGAACUAACAACCGAGGAUUUGUGGAAGGUGUACUACUUUGACGAGCGUUGGUGUCAAUUAUUGAGCAGAAAAAAUAAGCUGUUAAUACUAUUUGAAAAAAUGCGCAACUAUCAGAUCAAUGAGAUCAUGAAGAAAACUGAUAGCGAUUUGGCGGAAGAUAUUCGGGUGCUCAAAGAUGACGACUUUGAACGUUUGCGUGACGUUCAGACCAUGGAAGAACUCAAGGAUGUGCACUUACAUUUUUUGUUGUACUAUUCCCAUGAGAUACCAAAAAUGCAAGAAGAGGAACGCAAAAAAGAGAAAGAGCUGAGGAAGCAACAGCGAAGGGAGAAGCGGCGGCAAAACCUGGAAAAUAGUGAAGAGCAGGAUGUUGUGAUCAACUCCGACGACGAUAGCGGCGAUGAGUCGGAAAUUCAGGAAGAACACUUAAAGCAGGCCAAGGACUCUGGGCCCUAUACAAUGUGUCGCAAAGCUGGUAUUUGUGGAUUUGCCAAACAUUUUGGCCUACUUCCAGAGCAGUUUGCCGAGAAUAUUCGCGACAGCUAUCAAAGACAUGAAGUUGAUCAAGAGGUUAUAAGCCCAACGGAUCUGGCAAAGCAGUAUUUGUGUCCAAAAUUUAUGAUAAUAGAUGAGGUUAUCCACGCCGCAAAGUUUGUUGUUGCCCGACAAUUGUCAAAGGAGCCGCUGUUAAGGAAGACCAUUCGUGAGGUUUAUUUCGAAAGAGCCAAGAUCAUUGUGCGUCCUACAAAACAAGGAAUCAAGGAAAUCGAUGAGAACCAUGCCUGCUAUCCCAUGAAAUAUCUAAAGAAUAAACCAAUACGGGAACUUGUCGGAGAGCAAUUCCUUAGGCUUGUUAUGGCGGAAGACGACAACCUCAUUACCAUUGACAUAGCCGAUGAAAUCGAGGGCAAUACAUCGGGUUCGUACAUAGAAGAAGCAAAACAGCUUUACCAGCGCGAUGAAUUUUCCAAAGUGGUACAGGAAUGGAACACGCUUCGCGGCGAGUGCGUUGAGUUGGCUCUCAAAAAAAUGGUUAUACCUGAUUUAAAAAAAGAGUUAAAGCGAAUUGUCUUGGCUGAGUCGAAAGAAUUUGUACUUAAAACUUGCUGUAAAAAAUUGGCCAAUUGGUUGAGAGUGGCUCCAUUCAAUCCGGACUUUUCAGAUGAAUACACAUUUGAUGAUUGGGGCGCAACCAAGGGAAUACGUGCAUUGGGUUUGGCGUUUGUUCCCGACUAUUCACAGGCCGCCUUUUGCGCUAUAACCAAUCCAGAGGGUGAUGUUAGUGACUAUUUACGGCUUCCGCAUAUUCUAAAGCGAAAAUCUUCGUAUAGAGCAGACGAAAAGUCACUGAAAAUGGCCGACUUGAAUAACCUCAAGGAUUUCAUCAGAAGUAAGAAGCCACACGUUGUGGCCAUUGGUGGCGAAUCCCGGGAAGCACAAAUGAUCCAGGCGGACAUACAAGAAAUCAUAAAAGAACUUGUGGAGGAAGAUCAAUUUCCCAACAUAGCAGUGGAGAUAAUAGACAACGAAUUGGCAAAGAUCUAUGCAAACUCAAACAAAGGUGCAUCCGAUUUCAAGGAGUAUCCAACGCUGCUCAAACAGGCUGUCUCAUUGGCACGAAAGAUACAGGAUCCCCUUUUAGAGUAUUCUCAACUUUGCGGGCCAGACGAAGAAAUCCUAUGUUUGCGCUAUCAUUCCUUGCAGGAUCAAUUGCCAAAGGAAGAGCUAUUAGAGCAUCUAUACAUUGAGUUCAUCAAUCAGACAAAUGAGGUCGGUGUCGACAUAAAUAUGGCUGUUCAAAAUUCAUACACUUUGAAUUUGGUGCAAUUUAUAUGUGGCUUAGGUCCCAGAAAAGGUUUAGCCCUAGUGAAAAUUCUAAAACAGACGAACCAGCGACUAGAGAACAGAACACAACUCGUUACCUUGUGUCACUUGGGGCCAAAGGUAUUUAUAAACUGUUCGGGUUUCAUUAAAAUAGACACCAGUUCCCUGGGCGACAGUACAGAGGCUUAUGUGGAAGUGCUGGACGGAUCCAGGGUUCAUCCUGAAACCUACGAAUGGGCUCGAAAAAUGGCCAUCGAUGCAAUGGAGUACGAUGACGAGGAAACCAAUCCAGCUGGCGCUUUAGAGGAAAUUUUGGAAAGUCCUGAAAGGCUCAAAGAUCUUGAUCUAGAUGCAUUUGCUGUUGAACUGGAACGGCAGGGUUUUGGAAACAAAAGCAUAACUCUGUACGAUAUACGGUCGGAACUGAAUUGCCUGUACAAAGACUUCAGAUCCCCAUACCGUUCACCUAAUUCUGAAGAACUGUUUGACAUGUUGACAAAAGAAACUCCCGAAUCUUUUUAUGUGGGCAAAAUGGUGUUGGUGACUGUUGCUGGUAUUUCCCAUCGCAAGCCGCAAGGCGAACAGUUGGACCAAGCAAAUCCCGUUCGAAAUGAUGAUACCGGCAAUUGGCAGUGUCCGUUUUGCCUUAAAGAUGAUUUCCCCGAGCUAUCAGAAGUAUGGAAUCAUUUCGAUGCCGGUGCUUGCCCAGGCCAAGCCACAGGCAUAAAAGUUAGACUAGACAACGGUCUGUCUGGCUUCAUCCACAUAAAAAAUCUAUCCGACAAACAUGUUAAGAAUCCCGAGGAAAGAGUUCAAGCAGGACAAGCUAUUCAUGUAAGAAUCAUAAAAAUAGACGCUGAUCGCUUCUCCGUAGACUGCUCAUCGAAAAGUUCCGAUCUCAUGGAUAAGAACCACGAAUGGCGGCCCAGGCGUGAUGCUUUCUAUGACUAUGAACAAGAAGAAGUGGACAACAGCAAGGAAAAGGAUCAGAAACAAGUUCGAACCAAACAGCAAUACGUGAAGCGAGUUAUAAUACAUCCCUCGUUUCACAACAAAUCUUAUGCCGAAGUUGUUAAAAUUAUGGAAACAAUGGAUCAGGGUGAAGUGAUUGUGCGACCCUCAAGCAAAGGCUCCGACCACCUAACGGUGACAUGGAAGGUUACCAAGGACAUUUAUCAGCACAUAGAUGUUCGCGAGGAGGGAAAGGAAAAUGCUUUCAGUUUGGGUCAAAGUUUGCUGAUUGGAAAUGAGGAGUUCGAGGACUUGGACGAAAUUAUUGCCAGACACGUCAAUCCCAUGGCGGCGUGUGCCAGAGAAUUGCUUACCUACAAAUAUUACCGUGACACAGGCGGAGGCCUAAAGGAUAAAAUGGAGGAAAUGUUGAAGGAAGAGAAGCAAAAAGAUCCUAGAAAAAUACAUUACUUUAUAUCGGCCUCCAAAAAUUAUCCAGGUAAAUUCUUGCUCUCCUACUUGCCGAAAAAUAAAUGUCGACAUGAAUACGUCACAGUAGUUCCGGAAGGUUUUCGUUUUAGAGGACAAAUAUUUGACUCACUUAACGGCUUUCUCAAGUGGUUCAAGGAUCACUACUCGGAUCCGAUAGUAACAAAUACACCUGUAUCAACACCUCAUAUGAAUUCAGUAUCACGCAUAAGCAACAGCGGCUACGACACGCCUCGAAUCACCGAUUCAAGAUCUUCUCAUCCAAUUCCACAGAGUGUUUCCGUUCACACGCCGCACUUCUCCAGUACGCCCGGGUAUCACGGAGGCUAUGUCAAUACACCGUACACCCCGAGUGGUCAGACUCCAUUCAUGACGCCCUAUACGACUCCGCACUCAUCUCAAACUCCCCGAUAUGGCAGCAAUACACCUAGUCCAAGCUCUUCAACUUCGCAUUUGAUGUAUGGCCAAUCUCACAACAUGAGAAAUUCAAAGGAAUCAUCAGGAUACCACGGCAAUUCCCAGAAAUACGAUGCAAAUUCGUACAAUAAAAAUAAUCGCUCCCAACGAAACAAUGAAAGUCUUGAAUGGCAAAUUGCUUCGGAUUCGUGGGCAAGAAGAAAACGAGUCAAUCCUGCCAUACCCGCCAGCCGUACUGCUCCCACGGAACCCAUACGAGCUCCCAAUUAUUCGAUGCCUCCCCCAAGCAAUGAUUAUCCAAAUCCUAACACUCAGUAUGUAGAAGAGAAUCGAGUAAGAACAUUAGACUACCAACGAAGCCCUAGGUCUAUACGUAGUACUCCGCGUACGAAUACCUCUCCACAUUCUAUGAAUUUGGGUGACUCUACUCCAUUAUAUGAUGAAAACUAAAAUGUAUCUAUUCAAAGACCUAAAUAAAUGAAUAAACCAAUAAAGAUAUUUACACAAACACA